AUGCAUUCAUCCACAUCAUCGCAGGUAUUGUUGAAAACUGCGAUAGCACCUCUCACGUAUGACACGAUAUAUUUUAACACCGCCAAUAUACUAUUCGACGAAGGAGCCCAGCGAAGCUUUAUCACUCAAGAGAUGGCCGAUUUAUUGAACCUGAGUCCACAUAGGAAAGAAGCGAUAACGAUAUCCGGUUUCGGUGAAUCUAACAAGAAGGUUAGAAAUUUACAAGUUGCUACUAUUUAUAUAAAAGGUCUAACGAAUACGCUUAUCCCUAUUGAAGUUCUUAUAGUACCACAGAUUGCUUAUCCGAUACAUACUUACGCAAGGAACCAGUCGAGUUUUCAGCAUUUAAAUGGAUUGAAGUUAGCCCACCCAGCUUUACAGCACGAGGAUUUUGAGAUAUCAGUCUUAAUUGGCGCCGAUUAUUAUUGGGAUAUAGUUGGAGACAGAGUAAUUAGAGGUUCCGGACCAACCGCUGUACAGUCCAGAGUUGGAUACUUGCUAUCAGGACCUAUACAAUUAAACACUAACAGUAAUAAUCAAUCAACGUCAUCGAUUAUGAAUAUUUUGACCCCACACAGACUAGAAGAAUGUGAAAUACAUAAAUUUUGGGAAAUCGAAUCCAUAGGAACAGAAACAGACAGCAAAGUGAAAGCGAAAACAGACUUACAAGAAAUGACCACUUACCAAGAGAAAAACAUUCAUUUGAAAGACAAUAGGUACAUCGCCAAGUUUCCAUGGAAACUAGAACAUCCGAGUUGCCUAGCAACGAGAUGA